UUGAGAUGGAGUAAUCAUCAGUUUCUCUACGACUAGUGCUUAACACAGACCACAAUGUACAAGCUGGUGGUGUUGUCUGCCUUGAUUGCCUUAGCGGCUGGAAGCCCUAUCGCUCCACUUUGGGGAGCUCCUUGGGGUGCCGUAAUUGCUCCUGCACCACUCGCAGCUGCACCUUUGGCUAUAGCUGCAGGUAUCGGAGCAUCCAAUUAUAGAGGACCAUUAUCUCUUGCACCCGGACAACCUGCUAGCAUCUUGGCUGCUGACGGUAGACCACUGGAUACCCUGGAUGUUAAUGUGGACAAGGCUGUGCACUACACUGCCAAGGCACUGAAUGGACUCAAUGGUCACAUAUUAAAGAAAAGGUCAAUCGUCGCUGCUCCAUUAGUAGCAGGUCCCGUAGCCGUAUCUAGCGUUGCAAGUCUUCGCAUACCAGCUGCUGGUAUUAUUGCCCCCGCACCAAUCGCAGUAGCAGCCCCUUGGGGAUGGCGUCACUGGUGAAAUCCUUAAAAAAAAUAUUCUCACAUUUAAUUAUGAUUGGAAAAUAAAAAAGAGAGUUACCUUA